AUGCUGCACUGUAGCAGGUGUUCCAGGGCACCCGUGUUCUGCCGCAUUAUUGAUAUUAUGCGGCAACAUGAGCCAUAUGCGCGGCCUGGGAUUUUGUAUCCUAUUCGUGUGGAACUGGGCGCUAAUGUGGAGAAGUGCACUCCCCCCGAGCUGCAAGAUAUUAUCGACACCAUGCUGGCCCGCUCUCAGCGCUUCGCGACAGUCAAGACAGGGAUGGUGUACAACGUUGACCACUCCGUGGCAACUGAGAUCAAGGCUUACGGCCGUUAUCUUGUUACUGGGAAUAUGCGGGGAGGAUACAUCAAGGGCGACCACCGAUAUGGACCGCGCUUGACAGGAUAUGGCGGUGCCACAACGAAGCCGGGUCUGAGGUGGAACGGAGACGAUUUAUGA